GUUGCCAAAUUGUGACACACAAAAAAAGGAACGAUAGUAAUAAGAAUUAGAAAUUGUCACAAGUACACAGAAACAAGAAAACUUGUGGAGAACAAAAAAAUAUCGGAUUCAGAACAGAGAAAAAUAUUAAAAAAAAAUUAGAAAAGACAAAAUCGAUAAUAAUAUUAUCUCUUCUUCUCUCCUUCCAUUUUCGUUUUCGAUAAACCACCACAUCCUCUGAAACCCUAGCCACGACAAUCGCCGCCGUCUCUAGAAACGUCCAUCUACCUCGGCUUUGUUUAUCAGAUUUGAUGAAACCAGAUCGGGUCUACCUCUAGAUCCGUUCUAGGUUUUUGAUUAUCACCGUCUUAUCAUCAUUAUCAUCAUCAAUCCAGAUGCUCACCAAACUCGUCAUUCAUAGACAUGUCUCUGUUUCUGAAAGACGAUUCGAUUCAAAUUCGCGAAGUAUGGAACGAUAACCUUGAAGAAGAAAUGGAUCUGAUCCGAGAUGUCGUCGACGAUUUCCCUUACGUCGCCAUGGAUACUGAGUUCCCCGGAAUCGUCGUUCGACCUGUCGGAACAUUCAAAUCCAACGCUGAUUACCACUACGAAACCCUGAAGACGAACGUCAACAUCCUCAAGAUGAUCCAGCUUGGCCUCACUUUCUCCAAUGAACAAGGCAACCUCCCAACCUGUGGAACAGGCAAGUAUUGCAUCUGGCAAUUCAAUUUCCGAGAAUUCGAUGUCAAUUCCGAUAUCUUCGCUCUCGAUUCCAUCGAGCUUCUCAAACAAUCGGGCAUCGACUUAGCGAAAAACACGCAAGACGGGAUCGACUCCAAGAGAUUCGCAGAGCUCUUAAUGUCCUCAGGGAUUGUGCUGAACGAAAACGUGCAUUGGGUUACAUUUCACAGUGGAUACGAUUUCGGAUACUUGCUAAAGCUCUUGACUUGCCAAAACCUGCCGGAUUCGCAAACAGACUUCUUCAAGCUGAUCAAUGUUUAUUUUCCGACGGUGUAUGACAUUAAACACCUGAUGAAGUUCUGCAACAGCCUUCACGGUGGUCUGAACAAGCUUGCGGAGUUGCUUGAAGUGGAGAGAGUUGGGAUCUGUCACCAAGCUGGUUCGGAUAGUUUACUAACGUCAUGUACUUUCAGAAAGCUCAAGGAGAAUUUCUUCGUUGGUCCGUUGCAGAAAUAUUCUGGUGUUUUGUAUGGAUUAGGUGUUGAAAAUGGUCAGGUUGCUAUCUAAAAAAGAAAUGAAAUAAAAAUUCCUUAAAAACUGUUUCUCUU